AUGGCAGCAUCAUCAACCUUCCAUUUUCCCAUCCAGGGGAUCUCAAACGACCGCCUCAAGCUCGUCCCCUUCAACCCAGAGAAACAUUGCGAGACAUUCUUCCAUCUCUCUUCGCCACAUCCAGAGAUAUAUGCGCAUAUGCCCAUGUCGCCACCAAGCUCGGCCGCCGAGCUCAAACUCCGCUUCUACGACAACUCACCAGGAAACAUCCUCUCAUUCUCCAAUCCCGACUCAUUUGCCUUCGCAAUCAUUGACAAGACACGCCCUGCAUCUGCCGAAGAUCCGGAAGGCGAAUUGGCAGGCACGGUGAGCUUCAUCCGCGCCUCUCCAGUAGAUCUUUGCGCAGAAAUCGGCUUUAUUGUCAUUCUACCGCCGUACCAGCGCACCCAUGUAGCAACGCACGCUGUUGGACUAGCUUUACAGCUUGCUCUGGACCCUCCGGAGAAGAAUGGGCUUGGAUUGUGUCGGGUUCAUUGGUCGGCGAACUCGACUAAUUUUGCUAGUGUUAAGCUUGCGGAGAGGAUGGGGUUUGUGCAGGUUGGGAUGAUUCCUUGGCAUAUGCGAUUUGUGAAGGGUAAAAUCAAUGGGAAGAUUGGGAAUGGGAAGGCGCUUCCUCCUGGAAGUGACCCUGAUGAUUUGUGGAGGGAUACGUUGAGUUUUAGUUUGGGAUGGGAUAUGUGGAGGGAUGGGGCUAGAGAGAUGAUUGAGAAGGCUAUGGCUCGAUAG